CGGAGUAUGCCCCAGCAGUAAUUGUAAUAGUAUGUCGCCACCGGUUUGUUGAUGGUGUGAUUGAGCGUAUUGCGGCUGGGGUCGAGGAAGCGCGUGCGCAUAUAUUUAACUUAACUAUAGGGGCGUAGACCCUGCGCAACAUUAUAAUUCGAAAUUUGUGUGUGUAAUACCCAUAGUGUUUCACAAAUCGAAGAGGUAACCAGCUGCACUAGGCCCUGUGUUCUUUACGAGUAUUAACAUUUGAACAGCAGCAGCACCUCCAGCGACUAGCGGCAGAAGCAGCAGCACCAGCCACCGGCAGCAGCGCCCCACGAGCCUGUAAUGAUUUUCUAAAAUGGCGUCACAUGACAAUUGACAUUUCCGGGACUGGCUGUACCGUCAUGGUCUCACUUGCACUCAGCCGGUUGUGGGUUUGAUUAUUAUUAUAUCAGUAAUUGUUUUGCUCGCCUACGAAAAUUAAUUCGUUUGUACUGACCGGCGAUUGCCGUGCAGUUGUAAAGUAGAACGCGUUAUCUGCACAGUCAGGCGGCAGGUACUUGACGGUGACCAAAAACAAUAGAGGAGACAGUGAGUUCAAAUGACAUUUUCAUCGUUUUCUUGACACUUACCCGUCGUGUGUGCAUGGUGCGCACUAGUUAAUAAAUUAGACAAACAAAUCUUAAAACUAGUAGUGAUUGGAUUUUCAACAGAACCCAUUUGAGCAGAUGUUGUUUUUAUGCAUUCAGACAAUAUGUAGGUAGAUUAUUACUCUAGAAACUCUGAACACCUUCAUAGCAAUUAAGACUAUAGAAAAAUCUUUAAAAUGGCUAGAAUGAUACAAGAAAAUGUUGUUACUUAUAAAACACCAUUAUUGGCACAUAUUUUUCAUUCAUUUCCACAUUUAAAUGUCAGUGGUCAUAUUGUCAGCUCUGGAUUUGCACCACAUAGUGCUCUUUAUCAUGAAUCUCUUGGAAUUUUGGGUUCAGUUCCAUCAGUUUGGUUGAUAAUAACAUUAUUCUUGUUGUUAAUAUAUCUAAUGACAAGAUGUUGUGACCGAAAACCUCGUCCAAGACAUAGUAUAGUUGUACUGAAAUGGACCUUGGCAAUAUUUACAGUAUUAUCUUGUGGUGCUGUUGGAGUUAGUUUGUAUGGCAAUGAUGAUCUGCAUAAUGGAAUCACUCAGUUUAUAACAUCUACAAAAGCUUUGAAUGAUAUAGUGUUAAGUGUCAAAAAUCAGACAUCUGCUAUUGAAAUACUGUUGCAAGUUAAUAUUCAUGAUAAGCUCAGUGAUCUUGGAGAUAUUAUAGAUUCCCCAGUUGCUAACCAGACUGCUCGAGGUCAAAUUGUAACAGCUUUAAGUACUUUAGUUGGCAAUGCAGCAUCGACUUUAUCCAAUAUUCGUGGAAUUAGUAAUUCAUUACGUGGUGUUAACCUUACUCCAUUUGUUAAUAAUGUAGAACUAAUGGAAUCUAUCAGAUCGCCAGUAACAAUUGCAGUUCUAAGUAUUUUAUUGGUCUUUUGUUUUAUACUAUUGUUUGGCGUAGCUAGACAUUCGCGUUGUGCUUUGAUAAUGUUCUCUGUUUUUGGACUUUUUGCUGUCAUUAUUUCAUGGCUCUCUGCAUCUAUUUAUCUUACUGGAGCAGUUGCUAUGGGUGAUUUUUGUAUAAAUCCUAAUGAAUGGUUAGAACGUGAUUGGGCACCCCCAACUUUUUUAAAACUAGAAAUAUUAACAUUUUACACAACAUGUGAAGGUAGUAAUAAUCCAACUGGCAGCACACGUUCUAAUCCUUUUGGAUUAGCUAUUCGACAAGCAUCAUCAUCUGUUGAUGCUACUAAUUAUCAACUAGAAAUUGUUACACGUCUUGCUAAAACAUUGUAUCCUACUUCUAAUACAAGAGAAGACAUGCCAAUAUUGUUAAAUAGAAUGAGAAUGGAUGUUGAAUCAGCAGCUAGAAUGGUGUCUGCUUUACCAGCAUCACUUGAAUGUCGUCAAGUACAUCUUCAUUAUAAUCGAGCCUUACACGCUUCUUGUGAUCUUGCAUUAUUUGGAUUAGCCUUAAUGUUGUUGGCAAGUGUGAUAUCUGGAUUAUUCUUUACUAUUCUCGUAUGGCUUGAUUUCCAUACUUGGAUUUAUAUUAGAAAAAAACAAGAUUAUGUAAAAACUGAAGAGAGAGAUCCUUUCUUAGGACGACCUGGUUCAACAGCUAGCAGUUCUCAAUCUCAUGGUCAUCAGAUGUCAACAUUAACGAGAAACCAAGGACCAAGAGAUGAAUAUGGAAUGGGUAGUGGUAUAUCGACAUUGAAUGGCCGGAAUGGUGGCUACUUACAUGAAGGUGGAUCAUCUAAAGUUGGUCCUCAAUAUGCCACCCUAAAUCGAAAAUUCCGUACUUUAGAACAUCCAGCUGCACGUGGUGUUCCACAUCCACCGCCAUCAUUUCGUGGUGCCCCUUCAUAUUCAAAUACUUUAGGAUAUAUGCGUAAAAAUAAUCAACCUAAUGAUCGUCAAUAUUCAACAUUAAGUCGUAAAUGCAAAACAUUAGAGUCAUCAGAUUUUUACUGAAAUGAGCCGACCUCUGUUGAUCAAACAACAAUAUCAACAAUUAGUGGUAGUUCACUAUCAACAUUUGCAAAACCAGUACUUGUACCUGAAUCUUCCUAUCAGAUAACAGAGUUAUAA